AUGUUCCGUUCCGCUGUUGUCCGCUCUUUGAGGGCCUCCGUGCCUCGUGCCGUCAGGGCCCCGGCUACCUUCCAGAUCCGCAGCGCUCCUGCCGCUCAAUUCGCUCCUCGCUUUGCCUACCAGGGCGUCCGUCUCUACUCCGCUCCUGCCGGUCUUAACAAGGAGGAAGCUGAGGGUCGGAUAGUCAACCUUCUGAAGAACUUUGACAAGGUUUCCGAUGCCAGCAAGAUCAACGGCGCUUCUCACUUCGCAAACGACCUUGGACUUGACAGCUUGGAUACCGUGGAGGUUGUUAUGGCCAUUGAGGAGGAAUUCAGCAUUGAGAUCCCCGACAAGGAUGCCGAUGCCAUCCACAGUGUUGAUAAGGCUGUUGAGUACAUCCUUGCUCAGCCCGAUGCCCACUAA